AAUUGCCUGAGAUACAAUGCAUGCAGCACAAUGGAAUCGCUUUCUGUUUAUCAUGGGGCCAUCAGCCGAGAGACGUGCGAGAUGCGUCUGUGUGAAGCGGGCAAAGACGGGAGCUAUUUAAUUCGAGACAGCGAGAGCGUUCCCGGGGCCUACUGCCUUUGUGUUCUGUGUAAUGGUUUCGUCUACACGUACCGGCUCCAGAGAGACGCGGCGGGCUCCUGGGCGGCUGAGACAGCACCAGGUCAGACAAAACGCUUGUUCAGAAAAGUCAAGAACUUGAUCAGCGCCUUUGAGAAACCGGACCAGGGCAUCGCCGUUCCUCUCCUCUACCCCGUCACUGUCCAGAAGCCCUGCUAGAAUGUUCCUCGUGAGCAUCAGCUGUAACCCUACAAAAACUACAAGCAUGUGGACAAUCUUACUGUAUGAUCGUACGUUUAAUGCAAUUUCAUGAUCUCACGUGAAUUUAUGUAUAUAUAAAAGAAUUUGUAUAAAAGCAAAAUCAAAAACC